AAUGGAUAGUCAAAUUUUACGUCACAGUAUAUCCUUACCCGAUCCUGACGAUGAUACAGUUCUAAUAGAGGGAGUUCUAUUUCGAGCUCGUUACCUUGGUUCAACACAACUUAUUUCGGAAGGCCAACCGUCCAAAUCAAUGAGGAUGAUGCAAGCUCAGGAGGCCGUUGGACGUAUAAAGAUUCAAGGACCAAUGCAUUUUGGUAAAUAUUAUGAGGCGCCCGACGGGGAGAAUCAGCCUAGUACGGAAGUAGAUCUAUUCGUAUCGACCGAGAAAAUUAUGGUGCUAAAUACUGAUUUACAGGAAAUCAUGAUGGAUCACUCCUUGCGUACUAUAUCUUAUAUUGCUGAUAUCGGAGAUAUAGUGGUUGUUAUGGCCAGAAGGAGAACUUUGGCAUCCAGUCCAGGAGAUGAAACCUUAAUUAAGAAGAAGCAGACGAAGAUUCUUUGUCAUGUGUUCGAAAGUGAUGAGGUCAGCCAUUUAUUUUCUAUUCAUUUCCCGAACUGGAAAUUUCGUUCGCAUAGUCAUUCGAAUUCGAUUAGUGGCGUCAUCUAUAUUACUUAG